AUGUUUGGACCUUUGCUUGCUUGGCCCCAAGCAAAGGUCAAAUCAAGGGUAACGGCAAAGGUGCCAUGCAAGCAGGCCAAGCAAAGGGCCAAGCAAGGGUCCAAAACAAGAGGUAAACCACAGGUCAAAGCAAGGAGUCCAAGCAAGGGGUCCAAGCAAAGGGUCCAAGCAAGGGGCCAAGCAAGGGGCCAAGCAAGGGUCCAAGCAAGAGUUCAAGCAAGGGUCCAAGCAAGGGUCCAAGCUGCUGUGGUGUUGCCAAAGAAACACCACAGCAUCGCCACAGCAUCGCCACAGCAUCGCCACAGCAUCGCCACAGCAUCGCCACAGCAUCGCCACAGCAUAGCCACAGCAUCGCCACAGCAUCGCCACAGCAUCGCCACAGCAUCGCCACAGCAUCGCCACAGCAGCGCCACAGCAUCGCCACAGCAGCGCUACAGCAUCGCCACAGCAUCGCCACAGCAGCGCUACAGCAUCGCCACAGCAUCGCCACAGCAUCGCCACAGCAUCGCCACAGCAGCGCCACAGCAUCGCCACAGCAGCGCCACAGCAUCGCUACAGCAGCGCUACAGCAGAGCCAAAGCAACACCACAGCAGCGCCACAGCAUCGCCACAGCAGCGCUACAGCAUCGCCACAGCAUCGCCACAGCAUCGCCACAGCAGCGCCACAGCAUCGCCACAGCAUCGCCACAGCAUCGCCACAGCAGCGCCACAGCAUCGCCACAGCAGCGCCACAGCAGCGCUACAGCAUCGCCACAGCAGCGCCACAGCAUCGCCACAGCAUCGCCACAGCAGCGCUACAGCAUCGCCACAGCAUCGCCACAGCAGAGCUACAGCAUCGCCACAGCAUCGCCACAGCAUCGCCACAGCAGCGCCACAGCAGCGCUACAGCAUCGCCACAGCAGCGCCACAGCAGCGCCACAGCAUCGCCACAGCAUCGCCACAGCAGAGCUACAGCAUCGCCACAGCAUCGCCACAGCAGCGCUACAGCAUCGCCACAGCAUCGCCACAGCAGCGCUACAGCAUCGCCACAGCAUCGCCACAGCAGCGCUACAGCAUCGCCACAGCAUCGCCACAGCAGCGCUACAGCAUCGCCACAGCAUCGCCACAGCAGCGCUACAGCAUCGCCACAGCAUCGCCACAGCAGCGCUACAGCAUCGCCACAGCAUCGCGACAGCAGAGCCAAAGCAACACCACAGCAGCGCUACAGCAUCGCCACAGCAGCGCUACAGCAUCGCCACAGCAUCGCCACAGCAUCGCGACAGCAGAGCCAAAGCAACACCAUAG